AUGGAGCUCAGAACAAUGGUGUUGGGUCACUUUUUGGUGGUGUCCUUAGCUUUGAACGCUGGCCUUUUGUACAGAGACUAUUGCAAUGGGAGACGCAAAUCCCAAGAUGUUUUCACCUUCAAUGGCGACUGCAAAAACGAGUCUUUGGUGACGAAAAGCGCUUUUCUUGAAACGAAUAAAGCGCCUUUACCUUCAAAUGCGAUUAUUAGUGAAGUUAUCGACCUUGAUCAUGGGGAUCCAACGAUGUAUGAGCGAUAUUGGCAGGAGAUGGGGGAUCGAACGACUGUUAUUAUCCCCGGAUGGAAAUUCAUAAGUUAUUUCUCGGAUAAGAGAAAACUUUGCUGGUUUUUGGAGCCGGAAUUCGAAAACGCGGUUAUUAGGCUUCACAAAUUGGUGGGAAAUGCCGUUACGGAUGGUCGGUAUAUGGUGGUCGGGACAGGAUCAACGCAGCUUUUUCAAGCCGUGCUUUAUGCUCUUGUAUCUCCAAAUGCAUCGGAGCCCACAAGUGUAGUUUCGGCUGCACCUUUCUAUUCGUCGUAUCCAUUGAUAACCGAUUUUCUCAAGUCCAGGCUUUACAAAUGGGCCGGUGAUGCUCAUAAAUUCGACAAAAACGAGCCGUACAUUGAAUUAGUGACUUCACCGAAUAAUCCCGAUGGGUCCUCUAGAGAAGCUGUGGUGAAUCGAGAUAAAGGGUUACUAAUUCACGACCUGGCUUAUUACUGGCCACAGUACACCUCAAUCUCUUCUUCGCCAGCCGAUCAUGACAUAAUGCUUUUUACGGUUUCGAAAAGCACGGGCCAUGCCGGUACUCGACUAGGUUGGGCCCUCGUAAAAGACCAAGAAAUCGCCAAGAAAAUGACCGAGUUUAUCGUGCUAAGCACGAUUGGCGUGUCUAAAGAGUCGCAGCUUCGUGCGGCUAAGGUUUUGCAGGUCUUGGCCGAUAGCCAUGGGCAAAAAGAUCAUUUCAAAGAAAAUGAACCUUUUUUUUAUUAUAGCUAUAACCUCAUGGCCAAGAGGUGGAAACAGCUUAGAGAGGCAGUUAAAAACAACAAGCUCUUUAGUCUACCCGAUUUCCCUCAAAAUAAAUGCGCCUUUAGCGGUCGAACUUUUUCAUCACAACCAGCUUUUGCUUGGCUCAAGUGUGAGGGCGAAACCGAGGAUUGUGAAGGAUUUCUUCGUGAUCAUAAGAUACUAACAAGAAGCGGGAAGCACUUUGGCGAAAGCGCGAAAUACGUUCGGAUAAGCAUUUUGCCUCGUGUUGAAGUAUUUGAUCAGUUCAUAGAGAGAUUAGCCAGCAUUAAUUAA